AUGGUAAUGAACGAUGGGGGCGAUGGGGCUUAUGCCUACACUGCCCAGAAUGUCCGGACAGAAGCCAUAGAUCAGGCCAAAAAGUACUACAAACAAGAUCCUAUUGCAGUCAUUGGUCUUGCCAACCGUCUUCCAGGCAACAGCAACAAUCCAAGUCAACUCUGGGAUUUCCUAGAACGGGGCGGCGUGGCUGGAAAUGACCCUCCAGAGUCUCGGUUCAGCCUCAAAGGCCAUUAUGAUAAAUCGCUGAAACCGCACACAAUCCGGACUCCAGGAGCAAUGUUCCUUGAGAGCAUUGAUCCUGCUGAGUUUGAUGCUCAGUUUUUCAAUAUCAACAGAACGGAUGCAAUUGCCAUGGACCCGCAGCAACGACAGCUGCUAGAGGUGGUGUAUGAGGGAUUUGAGAAUGCGGGCUUAACUCUCGAGCAGAUGCACGGGUCGUUAUUUGGUUGUUUUGUUGGCUCGUAUGCAGUUGAUUAUCAAGAUAUGCAAUUCCGAGAUCCGGAGGACCGAGCAACUGGAAUCACUGUCGGAGCGGGACGGGCUAUCCUGAGUAACAGAAUUAGCCACUUCUUCAACUUGAAAGGAGCAAGUAUGACCAUCGAUACGGCCUGCUCAGGUAGUUUAGUAUCUGUCGAUGUAGCAUGCCGCUAUCUGCAGACCAGACAAAUCAAUGGCGCAGUUGUAGCCGGCGCGAAUCUGUACCUAAGCCCUGACCAAAAUCAGGAUAUGGGUGCCAUGCGUGUGACAUCCUCGGCAACGGGGAAAUGUCAUACAUUUGAUGCCAAAGCCGACGGGUAUUGCAAGGCUGAGGCAGUCAAUGUAGUUAUCCUAAAACGGCUCGAUGAUGCAUUGAGAGAUGGCGACCCUAUUCGGGCCAUCAUUCGGGGAACUUCAACAAACAGUGACGGCUGGACGCCCGGGAUUGCAAGUCCUGCUGCCGAGGCACAAGCUAUAGCGAUCAGAGCUGCUUAUGAGGCUGCUGGAAUCAGCGAUUUUAAUGGUACUGGAUACCUCGAAUGCCAUGGGACUGGAACCCUGGCUGGAGAUCCGAUCGAGGUUUCGGCAGCAGCGUCUGUAUUCGGACCAACUCGGUCAGCGGAGAAGCCGUUGGUUAUUGGAUCCAUCAAGAGCAAUAUUGGCCAUUCGGAGCCUGCUGCUGGCAUUAAUGGACUCAUCAAAGCUGUUCUCGCCGUCGAAAAGGGCAUUAUUCCUGGGAACCCCACCUUCAUUGACCCAAACCCCAAAAUUGAUUUCAAGGACCUCAAAGUCCGCGCAACAAGGACCGCAAUCCCAUGGCCUGACAUGCCAUCCCGCAUAGCGAGUAUCAACUCCUUCGGCUACGGAGGUUCCAAUGCACAUGCUGUGAUUCAGGACGCCGAAUCGUUCGCCGCAGGGUCUGCGAAAAACCACAUCUCCUCCUUUGCGGUUAACGAGGAUGACUUUUUUGCUGAUGAGGAAGAGACUUCCACACGGCCGCAAAUCCUGGUAUUCUCCGCCAAUGACGAGCAAUCACUCAAAUCAUACACCCAGGUGUUGAAAAAGCAUCUCAUGAACCCCAGUGUGAAUAUUUCCCUUUCAGAUCUCACACAUACGUUGUCAGAGCAUCGUAGCCGGCUUUUCAAUCGGGGAUUUUUGGUCACGAAAUCAGCUAGUAUCGAUGAAAGUUCCAUCGUGUAUGGUAAGAAAGGCACGGAUGUGCCGAGAAUUGGGUUUGUGUUCACUGGUCAGGGCGCUCAGUGGUCACAGAUGGGAAAGAGUUUAGUGGAAUUAUUCCCAUCUGCAACAAAACUCCUUCAGCGGCUCGACCGUGCCUUGCAGACACUGCCCAACCCUCCCAAGUGGUCGCUCCUGAACGAGCUCGUCGAAAAUCGCAGCCCCGAGCAUCUCCGCCUGCCCGAAUUCUCUCAACCACUGGUUACAGCAUUGCAGCUUGUAAUCGUUGAAGUUUUCGGGAACUGGGGAAUAAAUGCACAAAAGGUAGUUGGGCACUCCUCUGGUGAGAUAGCUGCCGCAUAUGCUGCUGGCUAUUUAACCCCAGAAGAAGCAAUAAAAGUAGCCUUCUUUAGAGGGCAAGCUGCGAAGGAUCUGCAAGAUGACGCCCAGGAGAGUGUUGGUAUGUUGGCUGUUGGUCUAGGAGCUGACAAAGUUCAUGCCUACAUCUUGGACUUAGCAGGCGAAGUGCAAAUUGCCUGCUACAACAGUCCCAGUAGUAUAACGCUAUCAGGAAAGACCUCGGAGCUAGAGAAAGUCAAGAUUCGACUGCAAGCCGAUGGCCAUUUUGCACGCUUGUUACAAGUCAAUUUGGCAUAUCAUUCCAAGUUUAUGUUCAAGAUUGGCGAACACUACGAAGAGAUGCUUAGGUCGAGUAUUUCUCCAGUGGCUGGAGGCAAAUCCACUUCCAUGGUUUCCUCCGUCACAGGUCGUGAGAUGGACCAGUUCGCCGACGCAGCAUACUGGAAAAGCAACAUGGUCUCACCCGUACGGUUUGACCAAGCUUGCCACGAGUUGCUUUUAGCACAAGACAGCAUCGACAUCCUGAUUGAAAUUGGGCCUAGCGGCGCUCUGGCAGGGCCCGUUGGCCAGAUAAUAAAAGAUAUCUCAGGCUCCACGACCCAGUACUUCGCAGCCGCAAAACGCGGCCCAGAUUCUGCUCUUCCCAUGUUCAACAUCGCAGGCCAACUUUUCAUUGCCGGCGGCUCCGUCAACUUCUCCCGCGUCAACAACGCUGGAGAUGAGGCAACCUCGCCUCCUGCCACGAUUAUCGAUCUCCCAAAUUAUGCGUGGAACCACGCGACGAAGUAUUGGCAUGAGAGUGAUGCCAGCAAGGACUGGCGCUUCCGGCCAUUCAUACACCACGAUUUACUCGGGAGCAAGAUCCUGGGGGCGCCAUGGCAUACUCCGACGUACAAAAAGAGCUUGGAUCUGAAGGACGUCCCAUGGCUCAAGGACCACAAGAUGGGAUCUGAUAUCCUCUUCCCGGCAUCUGGGUAUAUUUCAAUGGCCAUCGAGGGGCUACAUCAGUGCCGCCAGAUGACCAGUCAGGAUGAAGUCGAUGGUCCGUUGGCUGCAGACCAGCGUCGGUAUCGCCUACGCAACAUUAAGUUUGACAAAGCACUGGUGUUGGAGGAAAACGAGGAUGCGAAGAUUUUCCUAACUCUGUCGGCACAUCCAGGAACAAAGGACUCGUGGUAUGACUUCAAGGUAUCGUCUUCCAGAGACGGAGUCCGAAGUGACCAUUGCCUUGGCUUAAUUCGUCUCGAGAACGUUCCUAUAGAGAUUGCGGUCGGCAGUGAUUUAGCACCACUGCAAUAUCCAUCAAAGGGACCUUCUUGGUACAAAGCUCAGACCAACAUAGGGUAUGGUUUUGGACCGGAGUUCCAGAAAGUGCUGGAGGUGGAAUCAGUCUCAGGACAUCGAAAAAGCCGAGCCCUCGUUUCUCUCAAAGAGCCUCCAUCGGCAUGGUCCCCGCAGUCUCUAUAUCCUAUGCAUCCUGCCUGCAUUGAUGGUUGCUUCCAGACCGUGACACCCUCUUUGUGGGCAGGGGAUCGAAGCUCCAUCAAUGCUGUCCUAGUCCCCGCUGGUAUCGAUAACCUUGUGAUAAAUCCACAGAAGACGCGACCUGAUAUCGGCAUAUCUGUUGCAACUUCGGAAUACACCGGUCGUGGCCGUCAAGAGGAGCACAAGAACUUUUUCUCAUCGUGUUCCGUCUAUGACCCAGAUACCGGUGCAUUGCUACUUGAGCUCACCGGCUUGCGAUAUCACAAGCUUGAUACCGGAAUCGAAGGCCAUGCUGCACAUACGUACAAUUCUUCUGUCUGGAAUCCCGACUUGACGUUCCUAUCCCCGGAAUUACUCCCAUCCCUAAAAUACGAUGGAUCUUCCGCCAUCAAUCAGAUAAUUGAUCUAGCAGCGCACAAGAAGCCGACGUUGAAAGUCAUGGAGAUCAACUCCUCCGAUGAUACUUCAACACUCUGGUUCCAAGGAGGAGAUCGGUCGCUCAGAGCAGCUUAUGACCAAUACUCCUUUGCUUCCUCUGAUCCAAAAGCCAUGAUUGCAGUCCAGACCGAAUUUGAGUUUCAACGCAACACUUCCUUCAGUCUCUUGGAAAUUACCAAGCCGGACUUUGUGGCGUCCCAGUCGGAUAUCGAUCUCGUCAUUGUCAAGCGAGCUUCUUUCUCUAAGGACGACCUUUUGAUUAUAGCAAAGAAUGUCCGUUCUCUGCUAUCCGACGGAGGCAGAGUGCUCUUUGUGGAACAAAGCUCAGGUUCCGAGUCGGACUCCGAUGACAGCGGGAUAGUGGUGGUGAAUAAGGCACCACCACUAGACCUGAAGUCUCUCUCAGCCAGCCUGCAGGCGACUGGUCUUUCUGGGAUUCUCCAAAUUCCAUGCGAUUCAGUCAAGUCAGCCUUCUUGGCAGUUGCGGAGCCCCAAAUUUCAGAUGCCGCCAAUGCUACUCGUAGUCUUUCCGUUGUGCAUCUAUCUGAGGGCACACACAUACCCCCAGCUAUAAGCAAAGCACUCCAAACGUCCGGUUGGCAAGUCACAUCGCACACGCACAACUCUACCGACCUUCCACCCAAUAGCACUGUCCUUGUCCUAGAUGAACUCUUCUCUCCUAUUCUGGCAACAAUCUCCGAGAAGCAAUGGCUGACGCUCAAGCAUCUCAUCGCACAGCGGAGCAAAAUCCUCUGGUUGACAUCAGGUUCACAACUGGAUGUAACAACGCCAGAUAAUGCGCUCAUACAUGGCCUGUUCCGCACGAUCCGCGCGGAAGACCGCAGCCUGCAUAUCACGACGCUGGAUAUCGAGUCGCUCAGCAUCCCAGCAAGCAGCGCCGCGGUACAGAAUGUCCUCGCAUCUUUGCUCGCACCACUUCCAAAGACCGGGCUGGAGAGCGAAUUUGUGGAAAGAAGGGGUGUCAUCUAUGUUAAUAGAAUUUUGCCAGAUGUUGCUGUCAAUCAGCUCAAGAGUGAUGAGAUUAAUGGAGCAAAUCCCGUUGUUCAGUCACUGCAUGAUAUAGAUGGAGUGGCAAUGCUAAGGGCUCAAAGAUUAGGAACCUUGGACGCCCUCGAGUAUUCUCAAACCACCGAGAAGGAGGUCGCGAUUAAGGAUAACAACGUGGAAGUUGAACUAUUCGCUGCUGGCUUGAACUUCAAGGAUGUGGCCGUAACCAUGGGCAUCGUGCCAGAGAACGAGUAUCUCCUAGGUCUUGAGGGUGCUGGCGUUGUGAGAAGAGUCGGUAAAGGAGCAAGAGACUAUAGAGUCGGCGAUCGAGUGGCUGUACUCAGAAAUGGGACCUUCGCAAACAGGAUACAAGUUCCGAUUGAGCGGACUCAUCAUAUACCAGAUACACUGUCGUUUGAGGACGCGGCUACCAUUCCCCUUGUCUACUUAACAUCAGUUUAUUCUCUUUUCAACACUGCAAAUCUGAAGGAGGGCCAGUCUGUACUGAUUCACUCCGCCGCCGGGGGCAUUGGAAUCGCUUGUAUCCAACUCGCUCAAUUUGUUGGGGCAGAGAUAUAUGUCACCGUCGGAACUGAUGAGAAGCGGAAGUUCCUCUCGGAAACGUUUAAAAUUCCAACUGAGAGGAUAUUCUCAUCCCGUACCACACAAUUCGCCUCGGAAAUCUUGGCAGCGACGGAAGGGAGAGGUAUCGACGUUAUCAUCAACUCAUUGACUGGCGAGUUGCUUGAUGAGUCAUGGAGAAUCUGUGCUGAUGGUGGCACUAUGGUCGAAAUCGGAAAGAAAGAUAUUGUGGAUAGGAAUCACCUCUCCAUGGAACCAUUCGAUCGAAAUUGCUCCUUUAGGGCGGUGGAUUUCUCGCACAAGCAAGUCACUGAUCCUAUGAUCCAUAAGUUGUUGAAACAGACCUUCAAUCUCCUUCGAGGCGGCCACAUCGGACCUAUCCACCCAGUCAAGAUCUUCCCCUUCGAUGAUAUACCGGCUGCAUUUGCGUAUAUGCGUAGCGGGCGACACAUUGGGAAGAUUGUCGUCACGAGUGGCAUCAAUGCAAAAGUCAAAGUACCAAUCCGCCCUGCUCGUCGACAGCUAACUCUUAGAGGCGAUGUCUCAUACCUCAUCGUUGGCGGCCUUAAGGGCCUUUGUGGGAGUCUAGCCGUCCACUUGGCGCAACAUGGUGCGAGGCAUAUCAUUUCUAUGUCACGCAGUGGCUGUUCCGAUGAACGAUCGCAAGCCAUAGUCAGGAACUGUGCGGCACUGGGCUGCCAAAUUCAGGAGGCAAAGGCAGACGUCUCGAAUGUCAGCGACGUUCAACGCGCCUUCAAAGAGGCAGCAGUUCCCAUUGGGGGCGUAUUGCAAGGCGCCAUGGUUCUGAGGGAUAAACCGUUCGAAGUCAUGACCGUGGAGGAGUACCACACCACUAUUUCCAAUAAGGUACAGGGCACAUGGAACCUCCACAAGGCAGCAAUAGAACACAACUUGCACCUGGACUUUUUCACCCUGCUAUCCAGUAUUUCCGGGGUAGUCGGGCAGAAGGGUCAGGCAAACUACGCUGCCGCCAAUGCCUUCUUGGACGCAUUCGCCAGAUAUCGGCAACGACUAAACCUUCCGGCAAACUCGGUCGACCUUGGUGUAAUUGAAGAUGUGGGGUAUGUCGCAGAGCAAGGUGGGAUGGCACAGCAUUUCGACAGGCGACAAUGGACGUAUAUCAAUGAGAGCGUCCUACGCAAGAUUCUGUCUUACUCCAUUUUCCAACAGACAUCCCCAGCCAAUGCUGCUACCUCUGCUCAGCUCAUAACUGGAAUUCCGGUUCCUCAGCCAAAUGACUCGGAGCUCCUUCGGGACGCCCGCUUCGCCGGACUUUUCAUCGGUGACGACUCCAGCAGUGGAGCAGGAAAAGGAGGCAACGAUGGCGCAAAAGACAUCCAGGCGCUUCUGCUGCUUCACCGGUCAGGAGCCGAGCCCGCUGUUGUUCUUGCCUCUGCAGUCGAAGUCGUCAACAAGCAAUUUGUCAAGACACUGCGACUGGAGUCGCCGAUGGAACCUGCGAAGUCGUUAGCCACGUAUGGUCUGGAUUCACUUUCUGCGGUUGAGUUCCGAAACUGGGUCAGGGCAGAGUUGGGUGCGGAACUGACGCUCCUGGAUAUUACCAAUGCGUCGAGCCUAUUUGCGUUGUGUGAGAAGAUCAUUGCGAAGAUAGCACUCUAA